AAGAGUCGAUUUACAUUGAACAUCAAAAUCAAAACUUAACCUAAUUUUCUUUCUCAAAAUAACUAUCACAGGUGAACAUUUGGAAAAAAAUUAUGGAAUUUACUUGAAAUAAUAAUCUGAUUGUUUUACUUCAUAGUGUACUGAUUAUUCUACGUAUAUAUCAUGUCUGAUAAUUUUAAUGAUUGCAUAGAAAAGGUUAUAAAAAUUGCAAUUUUAGGAGAACCAUCGGUUGGAAAGACAGCUCUGGCUACAAGAUACUGCCAUGAAGACUUUAGCAGACAAUACUACCCUACUGCCGGUGCUGACUUUUUCCUGAAACGAACAGUAGUUCAAGGAAACCGUCCACUACGACUUGUUAUCUGGGAUCUCAGCGGUCAUUCUCUUGGAAGUGACAUGUUUGACAAAUACAUGUAUGGUGCUCAAAUUGUUAUGCUGUUAUUUGAUAUCACGAACGCCAACAGCUUUACACGAUUGGUCGACUGGCUGGAAGCAUCCAGACGUGUUUUAAGGGAUAAAAAACCAACUCUAGCUCUCAUUGCCAAUAAGGGAGACAUGGAACAUCAAAGAACAGUUCCCUAUGAAAAGCAAGUGAGAUUUGCUAAUGAUAACGGUAUCUCUUCGCAUUCAAUUUCAGCAAGAACUGGUGAAAAUGUCUCUCUGUGCUUCCAAAGAAUUUGUGCCGAAUUUCUUGGACUAAGAUUGACAAAAGCUGAACAGGAAGAGCAACUAAACAUCGUGAAGGCAGAAAUCGUCACUCAAAACGGACCUCAGGUGGCUAGCGUACAAGCGGCUCCAUCGGCUAUAUGCUCUCUGCAGUAAACAAGUCAGCAAAUCCAAUGAACAACCCAUUUUUUUGCAAAUUCAAAUUCACACAGUUAUACCAUAGAGAAACAAUAGCAUAAGUAGAUAUCCCAUGGUAUAGGGAAUUUAUGUCGAACUUUUACUCUUAUCUCAAGCCGAUUACUGUCCAUUAUUGUCAAUUUCUACUGUUUUGUUGGGGUGAGAGUGUAUGAACGGCACAAUUUGAUAGACUACCAGCGUCACACAGCUGCAUAGGAAAGAACUACGCGAACUAUCGGCUUGGGAUAACAGUAAAAGUUGCGACAUAAACGCCCUAUACCAUGGGAUAUCUACUUAUGCUAUCGUUUCUCUAUGGUUAUACUAUGAUUCAAACAGAUUUAGGAUUUUAAUAAUUUGGUUGAAUGGGACGAUAUGUUGGGGUAUUUCUCUAUAAUUGAAAGAAUAAGACGUUGAUAUAGUCAAGACCACUAUAUUCAAAUUGAAAUGAUUGUGGUAUUGACAACAUCAACUCUUUCAAUUCUUUCGUUUUAGGAUUGGCCGGCCACCUGGUGGAAGAAGGCUUCUCGAUCAAUAAGAACCAGGCAUUUGUCAUAGCAACCUUCGCAUGUUGCCAUUUUAUGGCAACUUAUUACAGUCGGAUUGUGUUGUAGUGUGAGCGCAACUGCACAAUGUGGCAACAACGCUACACUUUUUCUCUCACCCACCGCUCUAGGCCGAUCGUGAAGUAUUUCAAAUCAAACUACAAGUUGACUUCAAACCUUUCGUUUGACGAAAUAUAAAAACGGUUGACAAGCAUCGUGCUUUUAACCUCAUUGUCGAAUGUGAAUGGUUUUGAAAACAUAGAAUAAACUUGUAUUGAAUCAUAUUGUUUUCAUUCAUGAUCCAUUCAUUGUCUAUUGUACUUCAUUCGUUUUUCAAUUAAAAAGGAAAAUUUAAGAUU